CCUGGUUUUGUCUAGUUAUGUGCAUUAAGUAUUUCGAAUGCGGAAAACAGCUCAAAGAGGACAUUCAUGCUGAUUCGGGCUCACAGUUGAUCAUCUAAGUAAAUGACGACCUCAAUUAAACCGAGGAGGCGAAAGGAAGCACUUCCUGGAGCUACCACGCAAUACAUUCGGGCGGGAGCCAUCACCUUCGCGAACACCCCGGGGUGGUGGCGGAGCCACAGGCCACUGGGCUUUGGCAGCGACUCAGAGAGGCGCAGGGAACGCACUCCAGCGGGGUGCGGGGCUGGCCCCGGGCUGCGGCGUCCCCGCCCUCCGCCGCGAGCCCCUGAUUGGGUCCGCACCGUCGCCCCAGCUCCAGCCGGCUCCCCGCCGGGGCAGCGAGCCCAGCCGAGCCGAGCGCGGGCUGCCGGGUCCUCGCCCAAGAUUUAAAACGAGCGAGUUUUGUUCUUGAGACCAAUGACUGUCGCUCCGAUGUUGGGAGGAAAGCCGACGCCUGCUUUAGGAGUUUAACAAGCUGGGGUUACACUUGGUCCAGAUUCCAGGUUGCACCAGAACAUUUACUCACUCUGGUAGGAGAUCUGCACAGGAAACAUCUCUGCAGCCUUCCCAGCAUCCUGUCUGUGGCCCACCAAGCAGUUGCAUUUAACCUUCACAAAAAGAAGUAGAUGGAACAGCUGCAUGAGGCCCAUCACCGAACUUUAUGAAGGAUGCCGGUGUGGACCCACGUUGAUGUGCCAGUGUCCUCAUUCUACAGUGUGUUCCAUUCUUUUGCAAUCUCAGAAAAAAUGGCAUUAAAAGAAAACAUUUUGUGAAAUAAGAAGCUUCUUUUACAUUUUUAAUCACCAACAUGUAUUAAAAUGGACAUCUUUUCUACAGAAGACAAAGUUCUAUGGUCUCGAAGAAGCAAGCGCCCGUUUAAAACUGAUCCUAAAUAAAAAGAGACCUGAAUGAUGGUUGUCAGAAUGUUCUAUAGCAGAAGAGUAAAAAAACGGAAGCUUGUUCAUUUAUUUGCCACUUGUUCUAUACUAACCCUCAUGUUUUAUUGGGGAACGACUGAUAACCUCGUUAUAAACUAUAUGAAGUCCUACUCGUACAGAUACCUCAUAAACAGCUAUGAUUUUGUGAAUGACAGCCUCUCUCUUAAGCGCCGUGUGGAUGGGGCUACUCGCUACCAAUACUUGAUCAACCACGUGGAGAAGUGUCAAGCACAAGAUGUCCUCCUUUUACUGUUUAUAAAGACUGCUCCUGAAAACUCUGACCGACGUUCUGCAAUUAGAAAAACAUGGGGCAAUGAGGAGUAUGUUCGGUCUCAACUUAAUGCCAACAUCAAAACUCUGUUUGCCUUAGGGACACCUUCGAAUCCACAGGACAGAGAACUGCAAAGAAAACUAGUUUGGGAAGAUCAAAAGUACAAUGAUAUAAUUCAGCAAGACUUUGUGGAUUCUUUCCAUAAUCUUACUCUUAAAUUUCUUCUGCAGCUCAGUUGGGCAAAUAGCUUUUGUCCACAUGCCAAAUUCCUUAUGACUGCUGAUGAUGACAUAUUUAUUCACAUGCCAAAUCUUAUUGAAUACCUUCAAAGUUUAGAACAAAUCGGUGUUCAAGACUUUUGGAUUGGUCGUGUUCAUCUCGGUGCCCCUCCCGUUAGAGACAAAAGCAGCAAAUACUAUGUCUCUUAUGAAAUGUACCAGUGGCCAGCUUACCCUGACUAUACCGCUGGGGCUGCCUAUGUGAUCUCCAAUGACGUAGCCGCCAAAGUCUAUGAGGCAUCGCAGACAAUAAACUCUAGUCUUUACAUAGACGAUGUGUUCAUGGGCCUCUGUGCCAAUAAAAGGGGGAUAGUACCACAAUACCAUGUGUUUUUCUCUGGGGAAGGUAAAACUCCAUACCAUCCCUGCAUCUACGAGAAAAUGAUGACAUCUCAUGGACACGUACAAGACCUUGAGGACCUUUGGAAGGAUGCCACAGACCCAAAAGUGAAAACAAUUUCAAAAGGGUUUUAUGGUCAAAUAUACUGCAGGAUAAUUAAGAUAAUCCUCCUUUGCAAAUUAACCUAUGUGGACACAUACCCUUGUAGAGCUGCCUUUAUCUAAGAAUACUUGAAUGUUGUCCAUUUUCACUGUCACUGAGCCAAACAUGGAUGAAAAACCUUUAAACAUUUGUCUAUAUCCUAAGUGAAAUGAUUAUGAAAAACAAAUAUAUUGAAAGCCCAGUCUAUCAGAAUGUUUCUCUGAUUCUAGAAGCUAGUCAAUGUAACCUAUCUACUUCAUUGCCUAAAUUCAUUUCAAGGAAUUUGUAUUUAGAAGAGGUUUAUGAAAACAAAACGAAAGGGAAAUUUAAGUUCUCACUGAAUGCCACAUGGAUAUUUGAGGUGUAGAGAAGUUAUUAAGCUGCCUUGGUGUUAGAAUAACUGCUUUUGGAAAAUACCAAGUGAAUGUAUAGUACAACAUUUCAAAGAAAUGAAUAUAUUGUUCGUUGUUCCCCAGGUAUACAAGUUUAUAUUUAAGAGCCCUUGAUAGAGGUGGUGGGGGCAGGGGAGGAUUGGCAUAGAAGAAAUCACGUGAAUCUGGUAAAAGGACGUCUCCUCUUCAGAGGAGAUUUAGGAAAAGGUACAUGAUUUCUUUAUAAACAGCCAUUCACUUAUUGUCGCAUUCUUGUAGCUAUUUUCCCUAGAUAGUGUUGGAGUCAUGUAAAAUAUAUUUAUAUCUUCUUUUCAAAGUUUAAUGUGAAAUUAGAGAAGUCAUUAGCCCUGCCUUAACUGGCACUUUAUAUGGGGUUUUUUGAUUAUUAGAAAAUGACACAAAACAUGGGCAGUUAGUUACCCCUAGGGUCCUCCUCCAGGGAGAAAUCAUUGUUAAUUCAAAUAAGCUGAUUUUAAUUUAAUGAAUUUUUAACUGGUUUUUUAAUAUUCAACAUCAGUCUGUUUUUAAGGUAGUUAUUUGAAUGUAGUUUGCAUAGAGGAAUAGAAUAAUGGAGAAGGAUUCCAAAGGAAAGAUAGAACAUUAAAAGCCUCUUUUCUCCAUAAUUUAUAAAAUAAAAUUCUUAGUGUCUAAAUUAAUGUAAUGAUUACUAAAUAGCCCGCCCCUCCCCAACAAGGUCUCAUAAACCACAGUACUCUGUUCCAAGUUCAGAUUUCAAAAUUGAGAGUAUUAAACAUUGACUCAAAGCUAUAUAUCUCAAUG